AUGAACCCCGGUGCCUGCUUGUCUGCUCUCAUGGCAGUGCCCUUUCCUCCACCCUUUCCUGGCGCCCAGCACCGGCCACCCUGGGAGCAGCACCUGCCACCUCCCAUCACCCCAGCAUUCCCUCCUGGCAGCAGCCUGCUGCUGCCAGCUUUCCCCAGGACGCCUUUGGUGGCUAAUGGUGGCCGUGGACCCAGUGCCCCCAGGGCUUGCAACCUCACUGUCCAAGUCAGGUCACAAGGGAGGACAGUGGAGGCCCCCAAGACUCAGACCUUUAUUGUUACUCAGGGCCCCCUCACCUGGAGUGCUCCAGGGGCCCUCAGCGGGAGUGCUGCAUGUCCUGCACCCAUAUUCUUAGCAACCCCUGUGAUGGAGACCAUUGUGACUACUCCAGCUGUUGGAGUUACUCAGGCUGGCAAGGGAGGCUGGACCCCAGGCUUUCCUCCGCAAGCUCCACCACCAGCUGCCCAGCUGACCCCUAUCAUUCACCCAGUGAACUCUGGGCCUUGGCCACAUGGCACUUCCAGGGAGGGAAGCCUGGCCACCAACCAGCCCUAUGCCUCGCAGGGUGACUGCUCUAACACCCAGAGCGUGUACAGUAACUUCCGACGUUGGCAGUGCCUCAAGCCACUAGCCCGGAGACACCUUCCCCAGAGUCCUGAUGCAGAAACUCUUUCCUGCUUUCUCAUCCCAGUGCUUCAAUCCCUGGUCCACCUGAAGCCCACCAUGUCUCUGGAGGAGGGACUGUGCAGGGCCUUGCAGGAAUGGCAGCACAGAAGCAACUUUGACCAGAUGAUCUACUACAAGAUGGUGGAAAAGUUCAUGGAAUUUGAGGCCGAGGAGGAGAUGCAGAUACAGAAGUUGCAGUGGAUGCAGUGCACGCAGGACCUGCCUCCUCCAGCCCCACUGAAGCUGGAUCUUCAAGGGCCCCCAGUCCCAAAAGCGGGCCUUCAGCCAGGCACCCAGGCUCCCACUGGAGUUGAAGGCACAGUUGCCCCCCUUACCUCCCCUCUCCAACAGUGUAUGAGGCUUCAGGUGGUCCUGACCCACCCACACCCACAUCAAUGUCCCCCAAACAAUGCCUUCACCAACGUGCGCUCGGUGGUCAGGAGGUGGACCGGGAGUCCCUCACCUUCCUUCCCUUCCUCUUGCUCUGCCUCAGCCUGUGCUCCCAGGAUGUCCGGCCACAAGGCCCAGCCCUCCCGCCCAAAGCCACACAGGUCCCAGAGGCCCCCGGAGCCCAAGGCACCCAACGAGAUUCCCCCUGAGGCUGUGAGCGAGUAUAUGGACAACAUGGAGGUGCUGGUGGGGCCCGUCCACUCAGCCACAGGCGAGUCAGAUGCAGAAUGUGGAGAGGACGGAAAUGAGCUGAAGCAGGAAGAGGAUGGCACCUACUCUGACCCAGGCCUCUUGAGCUACAUUGACAAGCUCUGUUCCCAGGAGGACUUUGUCACCAAGGUGGAGGCAGUCAUUCACCCUCAAUUCCUGGCAGAAUUGCUUUCCACAGAUGCACACGUGGAUCUCUUGGCCCUAGCAGAGGAGCUGGAGCAGGAGGAAGGGCUCACCCCCGAAGAACUGGUGCAGAAAUUAGUCCUGGCCUUGAAAGAGGACAAGGGUGUGCGGGCAGCCCCGAGUCACAGUGCACUCGGAAUGCGCUCAAGUCCUUCUGAGUCUGACGCCGGCCAAGGUACCCAGAGGCAUGACCAAGACCCCCAUCUAGAGGGUCAAAGGUGCACUGGCCCUCUACUGGGAUCCAAGGAUGCGUCUGUUCUCAGAGAGGCCUCUACUGUUCGGGAGGCCCGAGGGCCCAGGGACAUGUCCAGUGAGGACGAGGAGGAGCUCCCCAGCCUGACCUUCCUCUUCAGCUCUCUGCAGAGCCUGCUGCCUUGCUGGUUGUCCCAGAGUGCUGCCCAUGCCUCAGGCCUGGCCUCUCCUGGAGGUUGGGGUCCCAGUGCUCCCCAGGCCCCCUCCCCUCAGAGAAAAGGCCUCAGCCCAGCUCCACCAGCCACUCCAAAGUCAAGGAAGCAGGCUCUGUGUGGACACCCAGCCACUGCUGAGAAACUACCCAUCCCCGGGGCUGGCCUCGGGGUCUCUGGGAGGCCAGGCUUGGCUCUGGGGCUGGCUCGCCCCUCACAACCGAGAAAGAGAAAGCGUGACCCGUUUGUCACAGAGAAGAGUAGGAAGAGGAGAAGAAGCACUGCAGCCGGUAGGGAACAGCUGGGCCGGCCCUCCAGGGUGGCCCCGAGUGGAACCUAG